AUGUUCGGAGGAGAAAAGGAAUGGAGUGUUAAUGGAUUGUCGACUAUAAAAAAUUUUUUAAGGAAAUCAGAAAAACAUGCUAUUUCCCAAAAACAUUUAACUAACCAAGAAAAAUUUCAUCUCUUGGGUAAAGUACGAAUUGAACACGCGAUUUCAGAAGGUCGACGUCUUGCGGCUGUAAAACAUAACGAACAGGUCGGUAUAAAUAGACGUUUAAUUGCACGUAUGAUACAUGUUGUUUGUUUUUUGGGCAAACAAGAACUUGCUUUUCGCGGCCAUCGGGAAAAUAAUGAAUCGUUAAAUAAGGGGAAUUAUCUAGAAUUACUCGAUCUACUGGCUCAAGAAGAGCAGUUGCUUAAAGAGCACUUACUGUCAUCGACAAUAUUUAAAGGUACAUCUCAGUUGAUACAGAACGAUUUGAUUGAGUGCGUAACUUCUGUUUUAAAUUCAAGAAUUUUUAAUGAAAUACAAAGCGUUAAUUACGUAUCUAUUCAAGCAGAUGAAACGACUGAUGUAUCGUGCCGAUCCCAAAUGAGCAUAAUUUUUCGUUAUGUUGUCGACCAAAAUAUUGUAGAACGAUUUAUAGGCUUUUUUGACGUUUCAAAGAAUAAAACAGCCUCUGGAUUAGCAGAUAUAAUUUUAUCUGAAAUUAAUAAGUGGGAAAUUGGAAAUAAAAUUAUAUGUAAAACCUAUGAUGGUGCUUCGGUUAUGUCGGGAGAAAAAAGUGGUGUACAAUUUCGUAUAAGGCAAAUUUAUCCAAAUACAUUAUUUAUUCAUUGUUACGCACAUCAGUUGAACUUAGUAUUGUUACACGGAGCUAAAACAAUAAACCGGUCUACUAAAAGAAGUGAAUUGUUAAGGGAACAAGGUUUUAAACUUCCAAAUCAAUCUGACACUAGGUGGAAUUAUCAUUCGAGAGCUGCUUCUACAAUAAAAAAACAUUUUUUAGAUCUAAAAAAUGCCGUUUUACACGUAACUGAAGAACCAAGUUGGGAUCCUAUAUCCGUUUGUACUGCAUCUGGUCUUUAUGACAAACUUAAUGAUGCGAACUUCGUAUAUUUCUUGGUUUUGUUUAGCAAGGUUUUUUUAUACACAGAUCAUGUAUUUAAUUUUCUUCAAUCAAAAUCCCUUUCGAAUAUAAAAUCUUGCAUUUCCGAAAUUCAAAAUUUAAAAAAAAAUUUGACCGAUUUAAGAAAUGAUUCUAAUGUGAAUAACUGUUGCAACGAAGCAAUAAUAUUAAACAAUACUUUGGAGUAUGAAGACAAAAAACGAAACGAAUUGCGUAAAAUUACAUAUGAAAUACUAGAUUCAUUAAUCAUUCAAAUUAACAUACGAUUUGAAGAUUUUCCAAAACUAGAGUUUGUAGAGAUUAUAAAUGAAAAAAUGUUUAAAAACUAUUACUUCGAAUUUCCUGAGUCAAAGUUUAUCAAGUUAUUACAGCAGUACCCUAAUACUUUUGAUGCAGAUCGUUUACGUAAUGAAUUAGCUGUUAUUUAUGCCGAUGAAAAAAAACAUUUGCCUCCUCAUGAACUCUUAGAUUGUAUAAUAAAAAGUGAUUUACAUAAAGAUAUUUAUCCUCAAGUUACUAAACUUUGUCAAUUAGUAUUAACUAUUCCGUCUACGACAGCUUCUAGUGAACGGUCUAUGAGUACAUUGAAACGUAUUAAGACUUUUCUCAGAAACACAAUGACCAAUGAGCGACUUUCAAGUUUAUCAUCUAUGGCGAUUGAAAAAAAAUUACUGGGUGACAUGGCAAAGGAUCCAACUUUUAUAGACAGUAUUAUUGACGAGUUUGCAAAUAAAAAAGAUCGCAGAAUUGAAUUAGUUUAUAAAAAAAUUUAA